GCGACGUCUCGGCGGCGGGGGGCGCCGCGGCUUCCCGGCCGGGCCUCUCUGGACUGGGGUGGGACGCGCGUUCCAGGCCGAGACGCCCGUGCUCCCCGGCGAGGGCAGUGGCGGAGCCAGAGGCCCCUCUGCGGCGCGGGACCGAGCCCGCCGCCAGGGCCCGCACCGGCCGCCAUUGUUGCGGGGGCCUCCGGCCUCUCCGUCCCGGCCGCAGGGUCUCUUAACCAUCCCUGCAAAGUAGUAGGCUCAGAAUUUGUAACUAAGGCUGAUAACUCUACCUUGACUCUGUUGUGCCCCUGGCUGCAGCAGCCCUACACAUAAUGUCCUUGCGGCUCUAGCAUGAGACUUCAAGCAGUUGGCUCACCACUAGAGAAAUAAAGGAUAUUGCCAGAUUGACUGUCCUGCGAUGGCAGCCCCAAGCAAGAGGAUGACCAGUUCUUCACGCUCCCAAGUCUUUCUAACGUGGAAGCCAGACAAGGCUCAGAGUGGACCCAACAAAGCAGAAAAGGAAACCCUUGCUUCAAGACUUCUGCAUGACACUGAGACCUGUCGACAGAAUUUUAGGAAUUUUCCAUACCCAGACUUGGCUGGUCCUCGAAAAGCAUUGAAUCAACUCCGAGAGCUCUGCCUGAAGUGGCUGAGACCUGAGAUUCACUCAAAGGAACAAAUCCUGGACCUGCUGGUGCUGGAGCAAUUCCUGACCAUCCUGCCUGGGGAGGUUAGAACUUGGGUAAAGUCCCAGUACCCGGAGAGCAGCGAGGAAGUAGUGACUCUGGUGGAGGAUUUGACUCAGAUUCUAGAAGAUGAAGCUGCUCCUCCGAACUCUGUCUUUUCCCAAGAGAUCCCAGCGGAAGAUCCCAAAGGAAGACAUGCCUUCCAGGCUGGGUGGCUAAAUGACUUGGUGACCAAAGAAUCAAUGACAUUCAGAGAUGUGGCUGUGGAUAUCACCCAGGAGGACUGGGAGCUAAUGCGUCCUGUACAGAAGGAAUUGUACAAGACUGUCACAUUACAGAACUAUUGGAACAUGGUUUCUCUAGGACUUACAGUGUACAGACCAACUGUAAUUCCUAUACUGGAAGAACCAUGGAUGGUGAUGAAGGAAAUCUUAGAAGGCCCUACUCCAGGAUGGGAAACAGAAGCCCAAGAUUGUAAUCCAGUUAAAAAUAUUCCUGGGUACACAACAGAUGGAACCCAGACCAUCAAAUUGGAAGAACCUUAUGACUAUGGUGACAGAUUAGAGAGGCAAACACCAGAUACCUUCAUGAAAAUUCCCACUAAUGAAAGGAAUUUCUGUUUGAAGUCAGUUUUUUCACAAGAAGAUGAUCCUACAGGAGAGUACCUUAGUAAAUAUGAUAUAUAUGGAAAUCAUUUUGAAAAACAUUCAAACCUAAUUAUACAGUUUGAUACCCAUUCAGAUAAUAAGACAUAUACAUAUGACGAAAGCAUGGCAACCUUCAAUCAUAUCUCAUAUGGUAUUGUACACAGGAAAUUUUAUCCUGGAGAAAAGCCUUAUAAAUGUAAUGUGUGUGGGAAAAAGUUUAGGAAAUACCCAUCCUAUGUGAAACACCAAAGCACCCAUACCAAAGAGAAAUCUUAUGAAUGUGAAGAAUGUGGGAAAGAGUUUAGGCACCUCUCAUCCCUUAUUGCACAUCAGAGAAUGCAUACUGGAGAAAAACCAUAUGAAUGCCACCAGUGUGGUAAAGCCUUCAGCCAGCGAGCACACCUUACUAUACAUCAGAGAAUUCAUACUGGAGAGAAACCAUAUAAGUGUGAUGACUGUGGGAAAGACUUUAGUCAGCGUGCACACCUUACUAUACAUCAAAGGACACAUACUGGAGAGAAACCAUAUAAAUGCUUGGAGUGCGGUAAAACCUUCAGCCACAGUUCAUCACUGAUUAAUCAUCAGAGAGUUCAUACUGGAGAAAAACCUUAUAUAUGCAACGAAUGUGGGAAAACUUUCAGUCAGAGUACACACCUUCUUCAACAUCAAAAAAUACAUACUGGAAAGAAACCGUAUAAAUGCAAUGAGUGUUGGAAAGUAUUUAGUCAGAGCACUUACCUUAUUCGACAUCAAAGAAUUCAUUCUGGAGAGAAGUGUUAUAAAUGUAAUGAAUGUGGAAAAGCCUUUGCUCAUUCCUCAACUCUUAUUCAACAUCAAACUACUCACACUGGAGAGAAAGCCUAUAUAUGUAAAAUAUGUGGGAAAGCCUUCAGCCAGAGUGCAAACCUUACUCAACAUCAUAGAACACAUACUGGAGAGAAACCAUAUAAAUGCACUGUGUGUGGGAAAGCAUUCAGCCAGAGCGUACACCUUACUCAACAUCAUAGGAUUCAUAAUGGAGAAAAACCCUUUAAAUGCAACAUAUGUGGGAAAGCAUAUAGACAGGGAGCAAACCUUACUCAACAUCAAAGAAUUCAUACUGGAGAGAAACCCUAUAAAUGUAAUGUAUGUGGGAAAGCUUUUAUUUAUUCCUCAUCACUUAAUCAACAUCAUAGAACUCAUACUGGAGAAAGACCUUAUAAAUGUAAUGAAUGUGAUAAAGAUUUUAGCCAGAGAACAUGCCUUAUUCAACACCAGAGAAUUCACACAGGAGAGAAGCCCUAUGCAUGCCGUAUAUGUGGUAAAACCUUCACUCAGAGUACAAACCUUAUUCAGCAUCAGCGUGUUCAUACAGGUGCCAAGCAUCGUAAUUAAUGGAUAUGAAGACUUUAGGUGUUACAACUUAAUUAUUUAAAUUUCAUUUUGUACUCUCUCUGUGUUAACACAUUCAAAAGAAGUGCAAUAUAUGUUAGAUACCACUGAGCAGAAGUAUCAAUUGGUAAUGUGGAUAUAAUCUAUUUAAAUUUAAUGUGAAAUUUGAGAAGAAAACUUCACUUCUUUUUUAGUUAAUUUUUUAGAGAGAGAAGGAGGGAGAGGGAUAGAGAUAGAAACAUCAAUGAGAGAGAAACUUCAUCGAUCAGCUGCCUCUUGCACGCCCCCUUACUGGGGAUCCAGCCCAAAACCCAAGCAUGUUCCCUCAUCAGGAAUCCAACAGUGACCUGGUUCAUAGGUUGAUGCUCAACCACUGAGCCAUACCAGCCAGGCAUUCCUUUACUUCUUAACCUUUACUUGAUUUAUUCCGGAAAGAAACCCUGUGAAAGUAAGAGUAUUCAAAAAUCUGUAACUCACCAACUCUUACUGUAUUUCAAGUACUUUAUAAUGAGGCCUUGUGAAUGUAACUUGUGAAAGCUUCCAUCAAGCAGAGAUUUCACAGAAGAGAGUAGUCCUGGGAUAAUAGAAAGGCUGUUUUAGUAGGCUUUUAGUUCUUCCCAGCUUUGAAGCCUUAAAUAUGUAAAAGGUCCCUCUCCCCCUUUUUACUUCCCUUUUCCUAUUAUGCCAUAACUGCCAUGUUUGGGGGAGAAAUUUGAAAGUAUCUUAAAGAUUUCUAUGUGACCACUGUUUAUACUUUCCUUAAAUACUUAAAUAUUAAAGGAAGAGAACCUUAGUGAAAGAUGAUAGGGUAGAGAAACUAAUGUGUAUAUAACCCUUAGACAUGUACAAAUUCAAUUUCAUUAAACAGACAAAAAUUAAAAACCCAAGCUUAAAAUAAUCUUUAAAACAGCCGUAGUUUCACUAAGUUUUGACAUCUGUCAUCCUGUAGAAAAAAAAAUACUAUUCCAUUUUUUUUUACCUGCCUCUUAGUUUUAUAACUUAAGGAUACUCCGUGAUGUUUUACUGUAGAAAGUCCAUUUCUUUCCUUGAAAUACAUGUUUUUUGAGUGCCUACUGUGCUCAGGGCCCAAACUUCUUAAAUUGGAUCCUUUCAGGGCUUCCUGCAGUACUUUGCUGCAAUUCACUGCUAAAUGAAGCAACCAAAAGCUUUCUAAACUGAUGAAAGAUUAAAGUAAGAACAUGAGCUUAACUAGUACUUCAUAGGAUGAGCAUAAGAAAGCUAAAAUGGGUUGCCAAAGUUGACCACAUAUCCUAAAGCAAGGAAGUAAUAAAAUGUAAUGUGAGGAAAAACCAGUAAUGGAAAAUGGAUAUGAGUUCAGUGCUGAAAGGAAAAAAAUCAAGAUGGAAGACAACAGUGAGGAAAGUGAACAUAUAGGUAACUUAACACAACCUAUUACUUAACUUGGUUUACCUUAGGAAAAAACUGAUUAAUAAAAAACAAAAUUCAUCCUGUUGUUUGUAAGAAGAAAGUAAAAAUGAAAUUAUUGACUUUAAAGGAAUAAUUAGAAUUCAUUUUCCUUCAUAUAGAUAUAGAUAAGUAUACUCUUCAAAUUCAGGGGGAACGUUCAUUGAGAAAAAAAGCAUUGAUGCAGAAGCUAUCAUUAUGCAGUGAUCAUUAAACAAUAAUAACUGAGUCAGAGCCCUAAACAAUAUAAAAAAAAGCUGGCAAAAAUGCAAAUAGCAAUAGGUAAAAAUAUUAUUGCAUUUAAUAUCCACAGCAUUCCACUGUCAGAAUAUAAGACCAUAUUGUGAAAGCUGAGAUUUCAUUUUGCUCUUGUUUCUUCAGUGCCUUGCAUACAGCAGGUGGUCAAUAUCUGUUAGUUGAAUGAAUAAGUAGAUGAGUAAUAAGGUAGACUUAACUGAUGGAGUGAAAUUGGUAGAAUUUUUUGUGCAUACAUGAAAGAUUUAACAAAUACUGGUCAUUGAUUGGUUAAUUAAGAACUACUUAAAAAUGAAGAAACAGAAUCCCAAGAUAUUAAUAAUGGGGAUUGUUAAUAUGUCCUAAGAAAGUAUGAGACAUAUUUGCACAGGAAGUUUUUCUGAGCUAGAUGAGGAAAAACAUAUAAAUUCUGGCACCAUAAAUAUCAAUUUAAACGUGUGUUGACCCACGUGACUUCAUUUGGACAUGACUAUAUAUACAUCCUACAAACAAGUGCAGAAGGAAAGACAUCUUCAAGGCUUUCUUGUUGAGUGUUUUCUUCAAGAAGUUGUUGCUUUUUCCUGUCUGUCAUUCAUUAACCUGAUGUUAUGGAAUUGCCUUUCACAAAUUAUAGAUUAUCUCCAGGUUGUAUAAUACUCAAAUUAUGCUUAUGCCAGUGAUUAGAUUAAAAAUAACCAUUGUACUUCAUAUGCAAUUUUAUACUGCCACUUUAUACCUUACACACCAUUUUUCUCCUGGAACAGAUGUGUGGAGUAUUAUAGUCCAUAGCAUCUUUCUUUGCAUUAAUUUGUAUUUCCUACUUUUAUGUGUCUUGCAUAAAUAAUGCAUUUAUAAAGGUCUUCCAUUGAUACACUGAAACAAUUGAUGCCCUUAUAAAAUAAUAGAAUAAUAAUAGUGGAGAAUCCUAAAUCUUUGUGUAUUUUCCCCACUUUUACAAUUGUCUGGCCUAAAUAUAAUACCAGUUUUUUAUUUUCCACAACUUUUUGUUAUGAAAAUGUUCAAAUAUACUGAAAGUUAAAGAAUAAAUUACAUCUGCCACUUAGAUUUAAAAAUUCACAUUUUGCUAUAUUUUUCUGAACAAUUUGAAAAUAACUUUGAGGUGAAAUUUGAAGAUAUGACAUUUCACCUCUAUGAAUGCAUCUCAAAAAAUAAGGACAGUCUUUUUCUUUUUACAUAAUCACAAUAUUAUUGCAUAUCUCAAGAAAUGAAUAGUAAUUUCCUAAUACCUAAUGCUUAAUCCAUGUUUAAAUUUUUCUUGUUCAGUCAAAUUUCACACACUAUAUUUUAUUGUAAUGUUUGCUUCAUCUAUCUAAAACAGUCUCCCAACUUUGAUUUUUUUCCAGGACUUUUUCUUAAUGGAGCAGGUCAGUUGUAGAAUCUCACAUUCAGGAUUUAACUGUUAUUUACAACCAGAUUGUUUAUCAAAUCAACAGAUCUGUGGUUUGCUUAUCUUGUUGCUGUAGUUUCUGUAAGUUAGCAAUUAGGGCCAAGGCUUGAUGUAUUUAGACUAAACAUUUUUAACAUUAACACUUCACAAAUGUAUGUCAUAUCAGAAGUCUUAUUAAUAUCUGGUUGCCUUACCAUCAGUGAUGCAAAAUUUGAUCACUCAAUUGUAAUCACCUUAUCUUCCCAAUGUAAAGGUAUCUUUUUCUGUUGCAGUUCAUCUGUGGACUGAGACCCUGUCAGAUUAUGGAUAGCCUGUGUAGCCACAAACUUUCACCUGGUGGUUUUGGUAUCCAAUAAUGAUGAUUCUUGCCUGAAUCAAUUAUUUCAUCAA